AUACGAUUUGCAGGGGAAGGAGGGGUAUGAGUUGAUGCUAGUCCCAUCAUUAAUGACAUUCUUGCAGGGAUUGUACUGGUGGGAGUAAAAACCCCAAAGCUUUUAUAUAAUAAUGAGCAUGUGUCUGCACGUGAGCUACUCCUUUAAGAAGCCUUGGGCUAGUGGAAGAAGAGGGAUCCAGGGAAAAGGCAGCCCCACAGCUAUAACAGAGGGCAGAGGUUAAAUCUAUUGGCAUUUUUAUCUCAAGUAUGGUCACUGCAUACCCUCUCCCUGAAGGCUUCACUGAACUAGAAGUGUUUGCCAUCGGCACUGCCCUACUGGUAGAAGCCCUGCUUGGUUUCUGUCUGAAUGGGUUGACAAUUAUUUCAUUCCGAAAAAUCAAAGAGCUCCGAACACCCAGCAAUCUGCUGGUUCUCAGCAUUGCACUGGCUGACUGCGGGAUCUGCAUCAAUGCAUUCAUCGCUGCCUUUUCCAGCUUCCUAAGGUACUGGCCUUACGGCUCUGACGGCUGUCAAAUUCAUGGAUUCCAGGGCUUCUUGACAGCACUAGCCAGUAUUAGCUCCAGUGCUGCAGUCGCCUGGGACCGGUAUCAUCAUUACUGUACAAGAAGCAAGCUGCAGUGGAGCACAGCCAUCUCCAUGAUGGUGUUCGCCUGGCUCUUUGCUGCCUUCUGGUCCAUCAUGCCCUUGCUGGGGUGGGGGGAGUAUGACUACGAGCCCCUCCGGACCUGCUGCACGCUGGACUACAGCAAAGGGGACAGAAACUAUAUCACAUUCCUUUUUGCUCUGUCCAUUUUCAAUUUCAUAAUCCCGGGCUUCAUCAUGCUGACAGCCUAUCAGUCCAUUCACCAGAAGUUCAAGAAAACUGGUCACUAUAAGUUUAACACCGGUUUACCAUUGAAGACGCUGGUCAUUUGCUGGGGUCCCUAUUGCCUUUUAUGCUUCUAUGCAGCAGUUGAAAACGUGAUGUUCAUUUCACCAAAAUACCGAAUGAUUCCUGCCGUUAUUGCCAAGACGGUGCCAAUGGUGGACGCCUUUGUAUAUGCCCUGGGCAAUGAGAACUACAGAGGAGGAAUAUGGCAGUUCCUCACAGGACAGAAGAUUGAGAAAGCAGAGGUUGAUAACAAAACUAAAUAAUCCAUUACGGCAUUAAGCCAAGUUAACGCAGUUACAUCGCUGAAAGCAAAAUGGUAGAGGAAACCGUGUGCGUUCUGAUAUGUACAUGCCAAGGUGGUUCCACAUUGGAAAUGCCGUGCAUUGGCUACAGCAAUGGAAGAAAGCCCCAUGGAUAACUGCCGAAACCAUCACGAGCUGCUUGUCAAACAAGCUGCCUUAAGCCUGUGUUGGUUGUCAUCGGUCUCAUUUUGUAUGUCACUGCAAAUAAACUGUAUGCUGGAAAGCACUUUUUUUUUCCCUGAUAGAACAGCAUAAGAGCUCAGCAAAUUAACUGAAGUAGGAUAUUCAUUUAUCCAGUGAGGCCUCCCCAAAUCAGUCUGUGUAGUUUGUCCAUAUGGUAAUGUCUGGAUUACUAAAAGAUUAAAGGAGUAUCCAGAAUUACACCACAUCUGUUUAAAUAGCUCAUCCAUGUGAACAAUGCAUUUUCAAUGUACCCAAAACAGGAGUUCCCAAAUUUCCACAAUGAAUCAGCCAUCCUAAUUCCAUCAAAACACUUCAGUGGAUAUUUUACCCCAAUAAGGAAUAUUAGCUUGGCUCCCAUUCAGGUGAAUUAGUGUGUGACAUUCAGCUUAGUCACACACUAAAUUCCAUCAUAUUUUGCAGCUGCUGCUUACCAGGACAAUCAACAAGCUCACAGUCCAUCACUGAAGCAUUCAUAUUUUUUAU